GUCUAGAUAACAAGCUUUCCACAGGUUGCGGAGAAAAUGCGCCUAGUUGCUGCAGAUACUUGAGGGCCUCGCCGCGACCACAGGACAAGAGCCGCACUAUUUAGUGGAUAUGGCAUCGAUCUGGCCACAGGCUCUUGGGCUUGCCUAGGGGGAGCAAAGGCGGGAGCGAUGCCCUCCGCGCUGGGCUUCAUUAUUGAGGAGACGGGGCCGAACAGUGUGGAGGUGUUUGCCUUGUCACACGGCGAUGGCUCUCGCCCGUCUCUAGUCACACUGGUGGAGGCACUGCCCCACACCGCGUCACACGUGCGCUUCCGGGGACUUGAAUGCAUGCCACAGGACGCUCUGCAUGCGCUGCUGGGACGUUGCCUGCACCUAGCCGCGCUGGCGCUACCGGCUCGGGAGCUGCCUAGCAGCUGCCCGCUGGGUGCGGCGGAGCAGCGGGCGCCAGCGGAGCUCGUGGCGGCGCGGCUCAGUCGGCUGCCUGGGGCCUGGGCGCUGCAGCAGCUGCCGUGCAGCCUCACCGAGCUCAGCCUGACACACUGCGGGUGGAUUCACCCAAACUCCCUGGUCCACUUGCGCGGCCUGACCGCACUGACCCGCCUGAGCCUGCGCGGUGUGCGGGUACCGCCGCCGCCUGCGGCCGAACACCCACAGCGGCUGGGAGCAGCAGGCCUGCCUGGGGUUCAGGUAUCAGGGCUGGAUGCGUCUGGCGAAGAGGUGUGCCGGUCUGCGGCAAGCGGCAGUGGAAGCCAGGCAGGCCCUGCAUCAGCAGCAGCAACCGCAGCAGAAGCAGCUACAGCAGGGGCUAGCAGCAACCCUCACGAACUGGGAGCGACGUGCCCCGUUGCAGCGGCCAUGGAGCACUGGACGCGACUUUCCAGGCUUCAGGACUUGGAGCUGAUUGGGGAGGCGGGUGGCACGGCGGCGCCGGAGAGCACCGGCUGCGGCAGUGGCGGCAGUGGCGGCGCCUGGGAUGCGCUCCUGCCGGCGUUCUUGCCGUGCCUCGAGUCCCUCACACGCCUGGCCUUCCACCCGCCCAGCCUAGACUCCGCCGCACACGCCCUAGCGCCGCUGUCACUGUGCGUGUCUCUGCGGAGGCUGGAGCUGAGCAGCUGCGCUAGCGGCGGCAGUAGCGGUUCCGCCAGUGGCGGUGGCAGCAGCAGGAGCGGCGGCAGUAGCAGCAGUGGCAAUGGCAGUAGCCGCGGCCUGGUGCUGGACGAGCACGCGUGGCGCGCGCUGGCGGCGGCUCCGGUGCUUGAGGAGCUCCUGGUCGGGCAGUGCGAGGGGCAGGACGUGGGGAGAGCUCUGGGGCUGGCCUCUCGCGGCUUUGGUGCCGGUGACAACACGGCCGCUAGCGUCGGCGCCGCCGCCGCGGCGCUUGCGCUCUGGAACGCCGGCAGUGCCCGCGCCGGCGUGGGCAGGGCGGGCCGCACCGGCAGCGACGGCGGCGGCGGUGCUGGCUUCUGGGGCGCUAUGGGCGCUGCAGCGGGUGCUGAGGGCGGCGCGGGGGCAUGGUCGGGGUCUCGUGUCUGGAGCAACCAGUGGGCGGACAGCGAAUGGGGCGACGAGGGCGGCGGCGGCGCCGCCGCCGGCAGCGCAUGGGGUGGCGGGCAGGCAGCUGGCGGCCUGGAGGGCGGCGGGUGGCGGGCCGCAGCCGGCAUGGCGGGCGCCUCGCGGCCGCUGAGCGUGACGCCGGAGGGAAGCCCGCGCCGCCGCGAUGGCGGCUGUCCAACUACAGCUGCCGGUGCCGGGUGGGCGACGGGCGCUGGGGGCAGCAGCGGCGCGGGUUCCGGGAACUGGGCCCAGGCAGCGGCGGCACUGGCGACGGCGGCGCCCGCCAUUCCGGCCAAUGCGACCUGGGCGGCAGCGGGCGCAGGACUCACAUCGCAUGCGUUGGUGGAGGAGGUGGAGGAGGCCACGGCGCGGCCGCACGGCUUGGUCGCCGGGCGCCGUGGCUCUGCUGGCGAUGAUGAAAAUGACAACAGUUAUCCGCUCAGCACACCGGGUUGCGGCCAGUUGCCUAGCCGAGCGCACGCGCCCGGUGCUGUCCUCGGUGCUCGUCCGGCGACUUCCCACGCCGCUAGCGACAGGUGCAGCAGCGACGGCGAAGAGGGCAGCAGCCUGGGCCGGCCUCCCUCCAGCGCAGUCACCUCCUCACUGCACCGGGACGGCGACAAGGACCGAGGCAGAGACCGGGGCGAUCCUCCGGAGGCGUCAGCUGCAGCCAGCAUUAUGCACAGCAGCUACAGCCCGCCCAGCAGUAGCAGCCCCUGCAGCACCAGCCGCGCCGCCACCACGGUGCUCACGCGCGUCAGCGCGGGCGGCGAAGCGAUGCUCUCGGCGGCGCUGGCGCUCGCGCGAGGCGGCGAGCAUGCGGUGGCGAAGCCUGGCGCGCGGAGCGCGGGCGGCGGCGCCUCUGUGUCAGACGCACGGCGGCUGGAGUCGGAGGAUGGCGGCGGUGGCGGGGGUUGCAGCUGGUGCGGCAGUCUUGCGGCGCCGGACGAGCACGAGGCGCACAGUGAGGGACAUGAGCUGGACGGGCAUUCGGUCCAUGGAGAGGAGGCGCAGCAGGAGGAGGCCGCCGACGGGCCGGCAGCGUCAUGUCAGUCGGAUGGCCAGGAGGCCACAGCGUCCGACGGCGAGGAGGAAGUGGAUGUGACACAGGCUUCUGCGGCGCGGCCCAUUGUCCGGCCGCUGCAGCGUGGCGGCGCCAACAGCACAGGUGGCAUGCCGCUGCUCCCGCGCAGCGCCGGCAGUUCAGCCGGCCUGCAGGCACAGGUGGGCGCGAUGCGGCAGCGCUUCGGCAGUAGCAGCGGCCUUUGCUGCAGCCCUGGCGGCGACGCCGCAGUCGUGGCGGCGGCGCUGAGCGCGGCGGCGGCGUUCCGCGCGUCGCUACAGGUCUCGGGCGCCGCCAGCCCUGUCAGCGGCGGCGCCGCCGCGGCGGCGUCAGCUGCUGGCGUUAACAGCGGCAGCGGCGGCAAUGGCAGUGGCGGCAGUAGCGGUGCAACGGCUGCAGCUCCGGCCGACCUGUUGGCUGCCUCGACUGCGGCGGCGACGGCGGCAGCUGUGGCGGCGGCAUGGGACGCCGCCGAUGCUGCAGCCGCCGCGGCUGGCUGGGUUAGGAGUACGGGCUGCGGUGUACCUGGACGCAGGGCUCCCACCAUAGCCGCGGCACCGGCCUCCCCUGCCACUGCCGUACAGGGUACUCCAGCGCAUGCGCCCUGUGUGGCACCGGCCCGGGUGCCCGACCCGUCCGUGUCCAUCCCCGCUGGCGCCGGCCUGGGCGGCACGCAAAGCGGCGCGCUUCAGCGCUGUUUGCUGGACGCGGGCAGCUGCGGUGAUGACAGCGGCACUGCAGCAGCCACCAAUCAUCUGGAGCAGGAGGAGGAGCAGGAGGCGGAUGCUGCGGAGUUGGGGCCGGCGGUGGAUGAGGAAGACGCGCUCUGCCGGCAGCUGCUAGAUUUGCAACAACAAGGCGGUGAGGAUGAUUCGGCCAUGGGCGGUUGCGGCGACGACGCGCACGGCAUGGGCAGGCAUGCCGGCGCGGCAGCAGCCGAGGAGCGGGGCUACGAGGCAGCAAUGCGCGCCAUAAGCCUCGGCGACCAAGGGCGCAGCAGCCUGGCGGGUUGGCGGAUGCCCGCCGGACCCGAGGAAGCCGAAGACGCGCGCCUGGCAGCAGCAGCCGCUGCGGCCUGCAGGUUUGCCGACGCCGCGAGCGAAGGCACCCGGAGCGCGGCUGGUGCCUGUCCAAGUGGUUCCUUCCCAGGGCAAGCGGACCAACUGCCGGGCUUGGGCGCCGGGCUUGCGCGCCGGACCCAUGCCGGCAACCUCACCGCAAGCGCAGGCGCCAAGUCUGCCGGGGCAGAUGUGCCGGCGCCGCUCCCGCCCCUGGAUUUCACGCCCUUUGCCGCGCUGACGCGGCUGUCGCUCCUGCGCCUGGCGGACGGCUGUGCGGUGGCGUUGAGCGGCUGCUGGCAGCUGCAGCUGCGGCUGCGGACGCUGUCCGUCGCGGACUGCUCCGGCUUGGGUGACGUGGGGCUCAAGGCGCUGCCGAAGCUGCGGCACCUGCACCAGCUCAGCCUGCGCGGCCUGGCGCACACACACGACGGCGUGUUCAGCACCUGGACCGGACCCAGGCUGCUGGGUGCUGCAGGCGUGGGCGGCGUGGGCGGCGGCGCUGACGGCGGCGGGCUGGAUGAGCUCCGCAGCCUUGAGCUGGGCAUGUCACGGGCGGCGGCAUUAGCGCUGGCGGCGGCAGCAGACGCCGCCGCCGCCAAUGCCGCCGCUAAUGCCGCUGCCAAUGCCGGUACAAAUGCGGCGUGGAAUGCGGAACAAGGGCAUGUGUGCGCGGAUGCGACGGAUGGGAUGGGGCUUGGCGCUGUCUUCGGUUCUGGAUUCGGGUGUCGCAACCCGGAGCCGGUGGCCCCGGGCGUGUGGACCCCCGCGGCGGCGGGCUCUCCCGUCAGCGCCGGAGCAGCCAGCGGCACCGCCUCGGGCGCAGGGCCCGGCACCGUGGUAUCCGCAAAAGACGUCCAGGCGCCCACGGCCGCAACUGCGGCGUCUCUGGGCGCCAAGCGCCUGCGACGCCGUACACCCCCAGACCCUUUCGGCGGUCCCUCCUGCUGGGGCGGCCUGCUCGGCGGCUCGCGGGAUGCGCUGCCGCCCCCGCCGCCGUCACCGCCCCCGCCAGCACGCUCCUCCUCGCCCCCGCCGCCGCCGCUGCAGACACCGCCGCAACACCUAGCUGAGCAUGACGCCGCCGGCGCCGCCGCCGCUGCCGCCGCCGCCACCAACGACGAUGAUGACAUUGCCGCCGCCAUCGCAGCUGUGGCGGCGGCCGGCGGCUUCAGCAGUGACGACCAUGACGACGGCGGCAACGUGUUCCGGCGGCGGCGGGGCGCCGCCGCCGCCGGCCCGGUCCGCGGGGGCCACAGCUCCGCAUCCUCCUAUUCCGGCGCGGCCAUGUACAGCGGCUCCUCGCGUCGCUCCAGCCUGUGCGGCGCGCUGUCGGACUUGGGCGAGGAGGUGCGGCACCAGGGCCGCGACGCCGACCACAUGCGCCCCGCUGGCGGCGGCGGGCACGGCCAGGAACUGGGGCUGGGGGAGGAAGGGGAAGGGCUGGAGGAGUGGGACGGACUGGAGGAGGAGGGGCUCUCCUUUUGGGACUUCGAGGCCGCACAAGGGGGGCACGAUGGCGAGCAGGCGUCGGCAGCGGUUGGUGGCGACAUCGUGGCUGCUGGCGACGUCGUGGACGCAGAGCUGCAACGGCCAGGUGCAGCGGCGGGGCCGCAGGAGGCCACGGAGCAGCAGCAGUGCCAGCAGCAGCAGAAUCAGCUCCAUUCUGUAGCUGCACCCGCGCCAGCGGCAGUAGCAGGCGUUACUGGUUUGACCGCAAAGCCGUUCGCGACGGCUGCCAACGAUUACGCGGUGGGCGCUCUGGCGCUGUCACUGGGUGAGCAGCUGAUGGCGCAGCUGGCAAACCGCAAGCCGAAGCAGCAGAAGCCGCUGCUACAGCCGCUGCAGCAACAGACGUUGCUACAGCCGCCGCCGCAGCCGUCCGCGGCGCUGCUGCGGAUGGCGGCGGGCGGCGGCCAGCUGUGGGGCCGAUCGCGGGGCGGCUGUAGCACAGGUGGCCUGGGUGGCUGUAGCCCCGAUGGCGACAUGCCCGACCUCCUGCCUCCGGAUGCAACCGCAGCAGCAGGGCCAGGUGUGGGAGCUGCAGUGCAGCCCACGGCGCCGGCCCACGCCAGCGGCUGGAGUACGGCCGUCGCCGCCGCGGCGGCGGCCGCAGCGGCAACUGCAGUGUGCAUGCGCUCAGGCGCCGGACAGGGGGCCAGCAGCAGCGGCGGUGGCGGUUCGUCCGUUCCUGUGGCUGCUGCUGCUGCUACUGCAGCUACGGCCGGCCAGGGCCGUGGACGCGGCAGCAUCUACGGUGCGCUGCUGCACACGAGCAGCGCUGCCUCGGGCUCCCACGGCGCUGCUAGUCUGCCCGCCGGCACGUCCAUUGCCUCAACCGGAGGGAAGGCGCCGCCGGCCCCUGCCGCCGCCAGCGCGCACCCAGUCACUCCAACGGCAGGAGCCGCGUCACGGGUGGAUGCCAGGCCUGUCCAGGACAGCAGCAGCGGCGGCGGGGGUGACGGCGGUGGCAGCUCGCUGCGCCUGGCGCCGCGCCACUGCUGGCAGCUGGAUUCUCAGGAGGACUCAGCGGCAGUGCGUUGGGCGUCACCCAUGGCCCUCGCCCCAGGGCGCCGCUGCAGCGGAGGCGGAGCCGGCGGAGGCGCAGGCGGAAGCGGAGCAGGCGGAGGCGGAGCCGGAUCCGGAUCCGGAGCCGGCGGAGGCGGCGGAGCACUUCUUGGCGCGCGGAAUUUUCGCGCGGUAGUAACGCAAGCGAGUGCUGCAGCCGCAGCCGCAGCCGGGGCCGGAGCCGGAAGUCAGGCGGGCAGCAGCGACGCGGACGAUGAGGAGGAGACGGAGAUGCGUGGGGAAGGAGGCGCGGGUGUCGCUGCGGCUGGCGAGGGUGGGCGGGUGCACGGCGGUCGGCGCGGAGUUGCGGCUCUGCAGUCCGCCGCUACUGCCACCGUGGAUGCUGCGUCACGGGACGGUGUGCUGGGAGGCCGGCGGCGUGGCAGUGCCCUCUCCGAGGACUGGACCAUGAUUGAACUGGAGCCGCCGGAGCUUGCGGCGCCGGCAGGGCCGGUAGAGCCGGCCAUGUGUGACACAGGGCUGGCGGUGCUGCUGCAGACACUGCCGCGACUCACGGAGCUGCAUCUGCACCACAUGCCGCACCUCACGCCCGCUACCGUUGAGCAAGUGCUGUCGCGGCCCCGCCUGGCAGCCCUGGUGGUGGACGGCUGCCGGCAGCUCACAAGCGACGUGUGUGACCUGCUAGCAGUGAGCGCUCUGGACCUCACGUCCGGUGGUGGCGGCGGCACCGGCGGCGCCGCGGCAGGCGGCGAGGGCGGGCUGAAGCUGCGGCUGGUGCCGUGGGUGCCGCCAGCGCCGCCGCGACCGUCGGCGCCAGCCGUGAGCGUGCCGCGUGUAGGGACCAGGUUUUGAGUCGGGCUGGAUGAACCAGACGCGGCGCUGGGGCCAGUGCGGAGUGGAAACACGUACGAGUGCAAGUAGGAUAGUCGAGCAGUGAGAUCUUGAAGUGGUUGCCCAGGCUUCGUAUGUGCGUGCAGGCCCCAGGCUAGGCGGCAUGCGUAAGGAUAGGGUUCGCCCAGCCGUGCAGUGCGCGUCUCAACGCAGGUUGGCUCUCCACCAUGACUGGAGUUGCAGAUUAAUUGCCGCAAUGUGGUAGCAAAUUGUUGGCUGUCCACUGAAGUUGUACUUUGCGACAGAAGUGCCGGUACCAAGCGCCGCGCAUUUUUUGAAGCGUGGCCGUCCUUUGUAUAUUGAGAUAGCACGAACGCUGGUAGUACCAUGUUAAAGCCCAAUGUGCACGACCCGGCGGCUUGUCUGCACACGUCAUUGGAACGCGGACGAAGCGGCGGCGCAGAGAGCAAUAGCUUAAUGUUGUCACUUACUUUCAACCGAGGAGGGAAGGCAGAUAUGAGUGGGCUGUUGGGUUUGGAGGCGCUGCAGAGCGUGCGGCUGGCGCUUACAUGCACGCGCUUGUCAACAUACUCGUAUGUGGCAACCGGCCAACCGCACGUCACUGCAAGCAGAUGGCUGGGUUGUGAUAUGAAGGUGACAAGGCCAACCCGGUAGAUGAGCGUGUGUGUGUGUGUGUGUGUGUGUGUGUGUGUGUGUGUGUUUUGGGUAUCCGGAUAAAUGCACAGGAUGGUACAACGGCCUUUUGAAGGUGCUGGGCUGGAAUGAAGCAGGCCCUACAUCUGCUGGGCCGGCUACACAGACAGUCAGACUGUUAAGCAUGCA